GUCUCAGUUCCUGCUCAGUUAUCGAUGAGCGAGGGCGAAGCGUUCUAGACGCGGCGCGCGCCGAUUCCUUGUGAUGUGACAAGCGGUGAUACAGCUGGAGACAAUCAGUGGGAGUGCAAGAAGAACCGAAAAGAUGCGGUCGAACGCUGUUACGCUGGCACGUGUUUGUGUGUCACUUCUGCUGAUGGUGACUGUGGCGAAUGCGAGAAUUCACAAAUCAGAUAUACGGGAAGAUAGACGGCAUUAUAUCACUCUGAGCACAUUCGGUUUCUACAAGGGUGGCAUUUUAACUGUAAAUCUCACGAAUUUCAAAUUCGAACCAGCAGAUGCAGACAAAAAACUGACACCGGAAAGUACGAAUAAAGCUGUGUUUGGCUUCAGCUUGGGUCGAACGCUAAUCGAUGCUAUUAAUCCCUACGUGCACAAUCACCUGGAUGGGUGUCUGUUACAAAAUGUUUCGAAUUUCAAGACGGAACAGAAGGAUGACAGCUCCAUUAUAUAUUUUACCAUGGACUUAAAGAAUCUAAUGAUGCAAGUAAACUGCAGUCGCAAUGUACACGCGGCACAUAUUUAUAAAGACUCCAGUACGGUGCUGAUGUAUCGAACAAAGAGGAGCUCGCUAUCUGCUAGAUUCAGCGAUACCGCGCUCUUUCCACGGAGAAAACGAAAUGCAUCGCACGUCGAAAAAUCCGUCGUGUUCAGUAAUGUUCCAAAACUCGAGUCAGAGAGCAACGCGUGUUCUCGUCUAAGAUUGCCGAUGACGAUGGAGACAACCUCGAAAGGUGAAAGAUCGUACAACACGAGUUUCCUCAUGUAUGUGGCAAGCGAAGAAGAAGAGGGCCUGUAUAAUCUCUAUUUUCACAAUUGUCAAAAUUAUGAUAAUAAUAUGGAACCGCUGCUUGUGGAUUUCACGGUGGAAAUAGCGGAGAUUAAUAAUGACAACUUCCUCAGCGCUGGCGAGAUGCCCUUGCCAGCUUUGUACUUUACAAUGGCACUGCUUUUCUUCUUGUCGGGCUGCUUUUGGGUGUUUAUUCUUAACAAAAGCAAGCAUUCUGUAUUCAAAAUCCACUAUUUAAUGGCGGUCCUAGUGUACCUGAAGUCUCUCUCAUUGUUAUUCCACGGUAUAAAUUACCACUUCAUUCAGACCAAGGGUGAACACGUAGAGGCGUGGGCGAUUUUAUACUACAUUACUCAUCUCCUGAAAGGCGCCGUUCUCUUCAUUACUAUUGUACUUAUCGGCACCGGAUGGAAUUUCAUAAAGCAUAUUCUCACAGAUAAGGAAAAGAAACUCUUUAUGCUGGUCAUACCAUUGCAGGUAUUGGCAAAUGUAGCUGAAAUAAUAAUCGAAGAAAGUGAUGUAGGUAAUUUACGUCGCGAAACUUCACGGGAUAUGUUCAUACUCGUUGAUUUAGCCUGUUGCGGUGCAAUUCUAUUUCCGGUUGUAUGGAGCAUCAAACAUUUGGAAGAGGCUGCUCGCACGAGCGAUAAAGCAGCUAUGAACUUGCGCAAGCUGAUGCUGUUCAAGCAUUUUUACAUUAUGAUAGUUUUCUAUAUAUAUUUCACCCGAAUUAUAAUGUACAUACUCAAGAUCACUGUGCGCUUUGAUUAUCAAUGGCUGGACGAAACGUUUCGAGAAAUGGCGACCUAUGCGUUCUUCGUUUUAACAGGUUACAAAUUUCGACCAGCAUCUGCGAAUCCGUACUUCACGGUGCCGAGUGACGAAAUGGAGUCGAGCGAGGAUGACAAGACCGAUAUCGUUAUUUCCGGUGGUAACGGAAUCAGCAGAGACUUCAGUAAAGUAAGCAAGGUGCCCAGGGCAGUUCGAACUAUGAAAGUUCCGUCUACCGAGGAGGAGCGACAUAAUCUCUUCCACAGUUCGGAAUCUUCUCGCGAGUAUGACUGAAAAUAAUAGAGAUAAAUUGUGAUAGAAUGUGUCACGUGACCAACGCGCCUGCGAAUUUUUGAGACUAUAUUCUAUGGAUUGAAGAGUGGCAAUUAUAUAAAAGCGACGACAGGAUGAUGAAAAGGGAAAUCAAUGAGAAUGCGCGACUCAAACUCAGCAAUUUUUCUAUCCUCAGAUUUAUUUUACAUUUCUCGAAAGAAAACAAAGAAAAAAUAUCGAUUUAUAUUCGCAAAUCACUACAUUAGUGCGUUGCAUAUAACAAUUGUGGCUGGAUAGUUUAUUUAUUUGUGAUCAAGUUUAUAUUUUUGCUAAUUUCAAAUUAAUUAUUAUAUCGCAUUUCAUUGAAUCACCGAUUUAUCGAUCCUCUCCCGCUUUUGUUUUCAUCAUUCAAUCCGACAUUAGUGAGAUAUUUCUUCCUUUAAUUUUUUCCUUUUUUCUCUUUAACGAGAUAGAUACUUUAAGUAGGUAACUGCUCACCUUAAUCACUUAAUGUUACAAUGUUAAGGCUCCAACAUGAGAACGCGAGCAGACGACAAGUACGCGCACUUUUUUCGACGCGUCUCUUGUAGUCAGUUUUCCGUAGGCAUUUAGAGAAACAUUUCCAUUCUCUUCUUUCCCGUAAUGCACGCUUGAUUACCUCGAGGAAUCUUAUUUUGCUGACGGCGCGGGUACUUUUAUAUCGUAAUCUUAGGAACAAGGACCGAAAAUUGAGCGGUGCAAUAAACUUAUCUAACAAUAUGUGUCCUCUCGCGAAAUAUUACACGCGAUAUUAUUAUAGUAGAAUUAAUAGUACAAUUGUUAAUACUCAAUGGCAGAUCUAAGUGAACUAAGUUUAAGUUUUACAGUCAAGAAGUUCGGUGCACAAAUGCCUUGCUUCUUAAGCUGUGACGUGUUUUCAAUUUCUUUUUUCAAGUUCAAGAUUUAUUUAUAAAGUAAUAAUCCUUGGAAAUAUUACACCAUCGAAAAUAUGUAGAUCUGCAACUGAUUAUUACUAUUAUACUUAUUAUUAUACAAACGUUGUCGUUUCGCUACAUCGUUACAUCUAGGACCAUAUUUACUUACAACUAAAAAUUCCAAGAAAUAUGUUCUAAGAAAUAUUGCACUCGCGGAAGGUAAAUAUGAUCCUAGUUAUAUCUGUUAUUAUCAAUAACUAUGUCGUAUAUAUCGAACGGGACACGAAGAGUUGAAAAAUAAAGCAGAUAUUUUUA